AUGGAUUUUACCAACAUGUCCACCAACGCCGAUGCCGAUGACGAAUACUUAGAUGACCCGAUCACAUUGUUGAAUAUUGAGGACAUCAAAACAGAAAUUUUGGAUGAAGAUCAAAUAAUCAACGUCAGUUCCGACGAAGAGGAAACAUACACUUCAGCCUACGGGAAGAAAAACUUUGUACUGCCGGUAACAUUCUUUGAUAUAUCUAGAAACGUUAAACUGCUUAACAAGUGUAAGCCAUUGAGCAUCAGAAUAGUUGACUGCAAACAACAUCCCACGUACUAUAACAAGGAGCAAGAUAAAUGUGAGAAUAAGUCUGAUGAAAGUUGCAUAGAAGAAAAUAAAUGUAAUACUAAUAGCGAAACUAAAUCGAAUAAUGUUAAUGCAGAAGGAGAAAAUAAAUGUAAUACUGAUAGCGAAACUAAGUCGAAUAAUGUUAAUGCAGAAGGCAUUGUAAAUAUUCCCCAUACGACAGAAAACGUCGGUGAAAAGUCUAUUAAGGAAAGAGAGAAGAAACGUCAGAGUGAUUCUUUCUAUGAGAAACUAAAGAAGCGCAAAGAAGAGAGGAAACGAAUCGCUCUCAACUGUAAAGAUUUGAGUAGAGUUGAUUUUAAAAGAAACACAGGACUCGUGGGUUUGAAAAUAACAGAUACUAUUUUCAGACAAAUUGUAGAUACAGAAUAUGCCUUGAUUAAUGCUAAAUGUAGCUCUGUUGAAACCAAAUCCAAAGAUAAAAAUCAAAACUAUGCAGAAAAGCCGUCAAUUACCUCAAAAAAUAUCACUUCUGAUAAUAAAUGUAUUGAACAACAUAAUAGCGUUGUAGAAAAAGAAUUGGAUAUGGAAAAUUUUAUUAGUAAUGAAAAGAAAUGUGCUGAAAUUAAUGAAAAAAGAGGUUCAGGAAAGAAGUUACUUUAUACAAAGACUAUAAGUUCUGAUGAUAACUCUAGAGGAAAUAUGGCAAAUGCUAUGGAAAAUCCGCCUAUAAAGCAAAGUACAUAUGUGGAAAAUAAGUCUAAUGAUAAGAAUGAAAGUGACAUACAGAAAGAAUAUAUUGUACCCAAAAGUCUUGAUACUGAUAAAAUUAAAACAAAGAAAAAGAGUGAAACUAUUGCAGAUAAAGAAAUUAAAACGAACACAAAAUCGGUUGUUAAAUGUAAAGAAAAAAUGACAGAGAAUGUUGAAAAAGCUUUGAUUAGAAACCGAUGUAACCCUAAAGAAGAAAAGUCUAAGGACGAUAAAGGCAAAGAUCCAAUUAAAAGUACGAGUAGUAAACAAGAAAACUCUAACGUAACGAAACAAGUCGACAAAGUUGUCGUUAAAGAUGCAAGCAGAGAACAGGCUGGUCCUAACUCUCCCGUCAUACCUUGUACUACCAUUACAAUUAGAGCUGCUACGCCUAAAUCAGCUCCAAAAGAAACUUCAGCUAAGAUUUCAAUAUCAACCAAUUCCGACUGGACCGAGACCAAUACGAUUUCAUUACCCACCGCCGAUUCCACCGCCACCUCCACCACCGACGCCCCCUAA